AUUUAGGAGCAGGCUGGAGUUCUAGCAAUAACCUAGGUAAAAGCCAGGAGUCAAAGUUGCUGCUGGUGUCUUAAAACAUCUACUCAGAGAUGGAAACUUUUCUUCUCUAAGUUGCUAAGUUGAGGAUGGCCAGUUUCUCCUCCAGGGGGCCCCUCCCCUUCCUGUCCUCAUCACCCCGGUGGCUGUGUUUGGUUUGUAGACACAUCUGGAUGGAGGGGUAUACUGACAUGGAGAUACUAAGGACAGUGAAAGGGUCUUCCACGGGGGAGGUCAACGUGCACCUGGUGGCCAGAGACAGCGCAGGUUCCCAUCCUCACCUGCCUGCCACCGCCUUCAUUAUUCCUACCAAUGCAGUUACCCUUGGUCUGCCUAGCACUGCCCUGGAUGUGUCCUACCCCCGGGAGCCAGUCCACGUGGGUGCCCUGGAGCGGGUGGCCAGCAGCGAACCUGUAACAGCUGCCAUUCUGCCACAGCUAAGCACCGGACCGGGGACCAAUAGCACAGUCAGGCUUCUGGAUUGGACAGGGGUUUCUGUACCUUUACCUGCAAACGACAUGCGGUUCCGGAUAAACGAGUAUGCGCCAUUGAACACGAUCGCAAUGGAGAGACCACGAAGCCCGGAGCAGCGACAUGCGGGUGGCACGGCUGGAAGAGAUGCAAAUAUCCAGCACCCCGAUGUUCACCAGGAUCCUCAAGACGGCACUUCUCUGGAACCCCCAGUAGACGCGAGCGCCUGCAAGUGCCAGGCUUGUGGGCCUCAACAAAGUAUUGGCCUAGACGUUGGUUCAUUGGGAGAUCGAUGCCCUCAACCUUUCCAGAAGCGGUCAGUCAUAGUAGAGAACUCAGGCUGUACCAUCACUUCUGAGCUCCUAAAACCCAUGAAAAAGAGGAAGCAUAAGGAGUUUCAAAGCCCAUCAGAAGAGUCGGAGUCGGAGGCCAUGAAGCAAGGAGAAGGAAAAGACCCAGAGGGAGAGCCCACCCCCAGCACCCCAGAGAGUGAAGAGUGGAGCAGAAGCCAGCCAGUGUCCAGUGAGAAGAAGGACGGCUGGUCCUGGGAGUCCUACCUGGAGGAGCAGAAGGCUGUCACAGCCCCCGUUAGCCUCUUCCAGGACUCCCAGGCAGUCACCCACAACAAGAAUGGCUUCAAACUGGGCAUGAAGCUGGAAGGCAUUGACCCCCAACACCCAUCCAUGUACUUCAUUCUCACUGUGGCUGAGGUGUGUGGCUACCGCCUGCGCCUGCACUUCGAUGGCUACUCUGAGUGCCAUGACUUCUGGGUCAAUGCCAACUCCCCUGACAUUCAUCCCGCUGGCUGGUUUGAGAAGACUGGACACAAGCUGCAGCUUCCCAAAGGUUACAAGGAAGAAGAGUUCAGCUGGAGCCAGUACCUGCGCAACACCAAAGCUCAGGCAGCCCCCAAGCACCUGUUUAUAAGCCAGAGCCAGAGUACUCCGCCGGUGGGCUUCCAGGUGGGCAUGAAGCUGGAAGCUGUGGACCGCAUGAACCCCUCCCUGGUCUGUGUGGCCAGUGUGACCGACGUGGUGGGCAGUCGCUUCCUGGUGCACUUUGAUGACUGGGGCGAUACUUACGACUACUGGUGUGAUGCCAGCAGCCCCUACAUCCACCCAGUAGGCUGGUGCCAGAAGCAAGGAAAGCCCCUCACCCCUCCACAAGACUACCCAGACCCUGACAGCUUCUGCUGGGAGAAAUAUCUAGAAGAAACUGGGACCUCAGCUGUGCCUACUUGGGCCUUCAAAGUGCGACCCCCUCACAGCUUCCUGGUCAACAUGAAGCUAGAAGCUGUAGACCGCCGGAACCCAGCACUGAUCCGGGUAGCCAGUGUGGAGGACGUGGAAGAUCAUCGGAUAAAGCUCCACUUUGAUGGCUGGAGUCACAACUAUGAUUUCUGGAUUGACGCCGAUCACCCAGACAUCCACCCUGCAGGCUGGUGCUCUAAGACAGGACAUCCCCUGGAGCCUCCUCUCCGGCCCAGAGAGUCCAGCUCUGCCUCCCCUGGGGGAUGCCCCCCUCCCAGCCACAGGAGCCCACCCCACACAAAGACCUCCAAAUAUAGCUUUCACCACCGGAAGUGCCCCACUCCUGGCUGUGACGGCUCCGGCCACGUCACUGGCAAGUUCACAGCUCACCAUUGCCUCUCUGGCUGCCCACUGGCCGAGAAAAACCAGAGCCGGCUGAAAGCAGAGCUGUCCGACUCAGAGACUGCAGCCAGGAAGAAGAACCCGUCUAAUUUGUCCCCAAGGAAAAAGCCUCGCCAUCAAGGCCGGAUUGGACGCCCUCCAAAGUCUCGCAAGAUUCCAGAAGAAGAUUUCCAAGCCCUCCCUCCCAGUGUGGUACACCAGUCCCUCUUCAUGUCCACCUUGCCAACCCACGCUGAUCGCCCACUCUCUGUGUGCUGGGAGCAACACUGCAAGCUGUUGCCAGGAGUGGCGGGCAUCUCAGCCUCCACAGUCUCCAAGUGGACCAUUGAAGAGGUCUUUGGCUUCGUUCAGACUUUGACGGGCUCUGAGGACCAAGCACGCCUCUUCAAAGAUGAGAUGAUUGACGGCGAGGCCUUCCUCUUGCUGACACAGGCGGACAUUGUGAAGAUCAUGAGUGUAAAGCUGGGCCCAGCCUUGAAGAUCUAUAACGCCAUUCUCAUGUUCAAAAACACUGACGAUGCCUUUAAGUGACUGGCUGGGGGGCGGGGCAGGGGGAGCUCCUCCCAUCCUCACUGGGCUCCCUCAGCCAAUGGUGCUUCUCUCCCUACUUGAGUUCUACACCCCUGCCCUCACCUUGUGAUUAGGUGCACGCGUGCGCACAAGGGAGCAGAGGAGCCUGGGGAAGCGGGUCUCAGCCCUCAGUCCUGGAGGGCCAGUUGCCCCUCCCCCGUGACUAAACCAAGGCCUGACUGAUCUAGGACAGCCUGCAUCUUCAGCCACUGAAGUUUUUGUCUUAGGAAGUGGGAGGAGCUGGGUGUGGUAGGCAUCCUUGAUUCACAUCUUUUUGGCAUCUCUAUGUCCCUUCUCCUCCUUGGCCCCUCCCCUCCUGCUAAGAACUGACCAUGACCAUGGCAUAUGUAUUUACACAUGAAAGGCGCCUCCUUCCCUGUCCGCUGUUGGCUGUGGACCGUUGCUCGCCAUUCAUGGUCCCACCAGGCCCCGUGGCUCUUCCCCUGUGGAUGCUUAAGUCUCAGAAAUAUGGGAGCUUCCUACUUGGAGCCUCCGGCUGUCUUUUCCCUUUUGCCUCUAGGCAGAGAUUGAGAGCCAAGGCGCCUUCCUGAACACGGUCAGCUCAGGAUCGCCCAGCAUCGAAGUGGGCAGUAAGGCGUUAGCAGAUGGUUAGAGCCCACCAGUGUCCUAACAAGCAGGGCCUAAGCUCCCCGAUGCUUUCUCUGUUGGGCGUGGGGAAGAUGAAGUCUGGCAUGACAAGUAGUCCAGGCUAGGAUGUCAGACACAUUGGAGUCUUUGACCAGAAGAGUAGCUCCAGAAGCGUGAUGGUGGCAUCAUUCUCUCUGUGUCUGUGGAUCUCAGCCAAGAUAUUACAGUGAGGGAGAGGCCCCUGCCAGCCCAGCCUCCUGCCAGGAGGGUUAGCACCGGCUAGCACACAACCCCUGUGACAUCGCAUUCACUCUGUCCCUUAAACAUUUCUCAUUCUGCUCUCGAGUCUAACGAAGGCCACUGACAGUAGAGAGUUGGAAAGGUUCCCUCUCCUGUCUCUGAACUCCCUGGCCCUUCUUGCCAGGCUCCAACAGUAGCUCACUGCCAGCUAGGUUCCUGCUGGGGCUCUGGGACUUGGACCUCUCUGUCCAAGUAGAGGUUCAGCCUCCACUCAAUUACUGCCAAACCCGCCUCCCAGCCUAAGUGGGGAGUUGCCAGGGCCCAGGAGGGAGCCACCCCUCCAAUAGGUUGGAGCGGUGCCAAGCUUCAUCUGGUGCUGAGGUGUGCCUGCAGGUUGAGGAGCAGAGAUGUACCCCAGUCCAGUAUAUUUAUACGUCAUGUGGUGUGUGUCUUUGCGUGUGUGUAUGUAUGUGUGCACAUGUGUGUGAGCACAUAUGUUGGUCACUCAGCAGUGUCUGUCAGGUGCAGGUAUGAGGUGCAGUGCUGGGAAUAUGAAGGGCUACUGUUAUGCUAUGAGGCUUUAUUAUUUCCUCAGAAAUGGGAAGCCAAAAGUUCUGUUGAUUUCCCAUUUCAGCACUUUGGGGAUCUCCCCUCCCUAGGUCCCCUCCCUAGCUUCUGGGGGACAGCCAAGUGGCACCCAGCUAGCCUGGCAGAGGCUCAGAUUUCCUUUCCCUUUCAGCCCUCAGGGGUAACUUUCUGGGCAAGGCCAGUCAAGCAGGGAGGGAGAGCUAGGUUGACAGAUGUGAUGUCACUGCCCCAAUCUGUUGUCUGGGAUACGGUAGAAACUGCCUCCUCCUAGCCUUCAGUCUGCCCAGUCGCACACUGACUAGUCUGAGACGGCAGCAAAUGUCCUGUGUUCUUGGCUGGUGCUGUGAGACCACACAGCUCCCAAGGAGAGACUGCACAGCCUUUGCGAUGCGGCUCUGCCAGUGAUGGUUGCCUGUGGGAACAACCAGACAGACUAACGGCCUUGGAGAAGAAGACUUGCAGCCUCCCAACUCUAGGCCACACCCAAUCUGUACUAAUAUCUGAAACCAAAUCUUAACAAGUCAAAAGAAACAUGCCUCCCAACCAUCCCCCACCCAUCCGCCCCACUGGGACCCCAUUGCCCCUUCACCUGGGGGCACAGGCAGUGGGUGGCUGUUUCUGGCAUUUGUACCCUCGUCUCUAGCAACAGGAACUAUUUACACUUUGUCCCCAAUAGACUUGUCCAGCCUCUGCCCAGCCCUGGCCUAGGACAGAGAUGAACUUUGCUUAAUUUCUGAGGCAGAGAGAAUGAUCCCAGAGUCUGAAAAUGAAACCUGUUUGCACCUUCGUUCACACAUACUAUGAUGGGGUUACAUUUUUUUUACUUUCUCUGUAUGUAUGUGUCUGUGUGUGUAUGUCUCUGUGUGUGUGUGUGUGUGUGUGUGUGUGUGUGUGCUCUGACGUGUACAUUCUUAAAGAAAAUCUUCUGGUUUAAACUAAAGUGACUCUA